CAACAGACACCCGCCUUCAAGUGAGUUAACGUUUUGAUUGAUUAGGUCCAGACUCUCUGUACAAAUGAAAUGAAAUUAAGUGAAGUACGAGAGUCUGGUAGAACCAGGCUAGCAGUUGUUAACCCUUUAGACAGAAACUCAACGGUGGAGCAUUUUCAAUCUGGUGGGUGGUUUCACUUUUUUGCGUUUUUAUGCCCCGAAAGCGCCGUCGCCGUCUAAACGAAAAGGCACAUCUGCUAAAAUAUUUUCUUAGACAAUAUAAGUAUAACCUUGUUUGCUCUUUCUUUGUGGGUUUAUCUCACAAAGGACUAGCAAUUAUUAUUUGCUAGUCUAUCCGUCCCUAGGGCACUCAUCAGUUUGGCGAACAGGCCUUGGUGUUUGCAUUAAGUCCCGUUUCUUCCCCUGCAGUCUGGAACAUCUUGCAGACACAUCCGAAGCUUGAGGACCUGAUCCCUAUUCAUUUAUUCACACAUGUUGUAAAGGAUUCGUAGGCAUAUCAAAAUGGAAUUUGUGCUUGCUUCACCAUCAAGACCUUUCUCCAGCUUGUUAAACAUAUGAUUCUGAGACCUUCUAUAAAAUGUGUUAAACUUCUGUAAAAGUCAUUCUGAAUAUGGCCAACAUCAAGCUAAAGACCAAUCAAUAUAAAUCAGUGCCACUAGCAUGUAGCGUAGCAGAACUGCACCUCUGUAUAUGGGCAGUCACUCAUCUGGUCCAUAAUGGUCCGAUGCUCUCUUCAGUAGAGCUUUCUAGAGCAGAAUAGCCGAGUGCAGGACACCAGUUUAUUCUGGGGGAAUUUACAGAGCUUUUUCUAGCAGAAGGUGUGACCUUGGACAAUGGGCCAAAUCGAUUGUGAAAAUAUGCAUCUGUGUCUAUGAUGCCCAGCCCACGCCAUACACCAGUACCAUCGCCACGUCCUGGCCAAAGGCUGAUAACAACCAAGCGGAGGGUAACCCAGCCCCCCUCCUGUACUGAGAGUAAUCCUGAAUAGUACUGAGACAAAAAAGGGUUCAGCCGUAGACACAUUCACAUAAUCUGCUGUACCCAAGGUUGCCUACGUGAAAACAUGGCGCCUUUUGCAUCCAUUAAGAGAGUAACCAAAGGGCAAACCGUUUCAGGGCCGGAUACUGCGAUACCAUAGACACGCCCAGGUAAGUACACAGAACACCACUAGAUAUGUCAGACAAAAAAAAAAAAAAGAUUCCUUGAUGGAAAAGGUGUCUAUUAAUUGCUGGUGUGUACUUGUGUAACUUUUACCCUUUAAAUGAGGGGUAUUUGAUGUCUUCGGCCAUUGCAGAUUCACAUAAACUUUUUUCUUCACUAAUCUUAGUGGUUUUCGUUUCGGCUCUUGGUUCGAUCACGUGAAGAGCUGGCUGGCUGCUAGAGAACAACAGCACAUCAUGUACAUCUCCUAUGAAGAGAUGAUCCUGGGGAUUAUCACGCUUCCUGGUUCCGGUGGCGGGAUUUGUCUUCGUUGUGCAUGAAAACUUCCGGCGCACUUCCACCAUGGCUGAAACAAAGGCUAGAUGUCACUGCUCUGUUCCACUUUGUACAUCUAACAAACAACACCAACCCUACUUAAGUUUUCAUGGAUUCCCGACUGAAAUGAGUCUAAGGAAGAAGUGGAUUCAAGCGGUUCGCCGGGAUGAAGGGCCAAACUUUAAAAUAAAACAAGGUAGCACGUUUGUUUGUAGCCGGCACUAGUGAAUCAGACUACAAACGCUACAGCUAGCAACCAACCGGGGUCACACCAAGCGACUGAAAAUCGUGUCUGUACCCUCCCGUUUCCAGUGGAACAACUGGGGACUGCCAAGAAGGGGGUCUUUUUAUAAAAGAGCAUCAACUCGCUUAGGCCAAGACGUUCACCCAUCCCUUCCUCUGGAGCAACCGCUGCCCUGUGAAUAAGAGCCGAUGGAGGAGAUCGCAGCUUCGGUGGUGAUGACAGAACAUGAUUUCGGUUCUGCUCCUAAACCAGGUUUGUCAGUGUUUGUUAGUGUUCUGAAAUAUUGGCCUACUAUUACCCCAUACUGUUCUUAAACCCACUUGGUUAUACCGUGGGCCAACUACCGUUACCUGCUCCUUGGCUCCCUCCCCUGCUCCUUGGCUCCCUCCCCAUCUGGAUGAGUAAACAGCAAGUCAAGAACACCAUGCCAAGCAAAUUUGUGCAGUACAGUCCAGAUGUUCGGGUAAUCAUCGACUGCACCGAGGUGACGUCGAUGAUUACCCGAACAUCAUCUUACAAGAACACAACAACCUUUAAGGCCUUGAUUGGGAUUGCCCCUUGUAGUGCUGUGACUUUUGUGUCAAGUCUCUUCACCGGCUCCAUCUCCGACCCAGAGCUGACUGAACGAAGUGGACUGCUGGAUUUACUGGAGCCAGGAGACGGCUGCAUGGCAGACAAGGGUUUCACCAUCGAGAAGCCACUAGCUGAUCGUGGGGCAACGCUGAUUAUACCACCCUUCAAGAUGACAGGUUGCAGCUAUGGCAGAAGAGGAGCUGUAUAUCGUGUACAAGGGUGUGUAUUUGGUCAAACUGACCCAUACCCCAGAGAGCCUGAAAUACUACGAGGAGUUCUCUUUCCGUCCAGAUGACAUUCUGAUUGUUACUUAUCCCAAGUCAGGGACAACAUGGAUGCAGGAGAUAGUACCUCUGAUCCUGAGCCAGGGAGACCCAGUAGUGGUGGACACUGUGCCCAACUGGGACCGGGUCCCCUGGUUGCACAAUAACAAGGCCCUUCACCUUAACCUGGACCAGAGACCGUCCCCACGCGUCUUCAUUACUCACUUCCAGUACAACAUGAUGUCAACAGGCUUCCUCAAGGUCCAACCCAGGGUAAUUUAUGUGAUGAGGAACCCGAGAGAUGUAUUCACUUCUUGCUCUCACUUUAGUAGGAUGGCCUCCUUCUUGGUUAGUCCAGGAACACAGACUGAAUUUCUCAACAAAUUUCUUGAUGGAAAAGUGAUUUUUGGCUCUUGGUUCGAUCACGUGAAGGGCUGGCUGUCUGCCACAGAACAGCACAUCAUGUACAUCUCCUAUGAAGAGAUGAUCCUGGACCUGGAGGCCUCUGUGACACGGAUGGCUCAGUUCUUGGACACACCUCUGGAUUCUGAGAUGAUAAGGAAGAUUACCGAUCGAUGUGUGUUUAAGAAUAUGAAAAAGAACAAAAUGUCGAACUACUCCCUGGUCCCCAAUACAAUUAUGGACCAGAAUGUGUCAGAGUUCCUUAGGAAAGGUAUUGCUGGAGACUGGAAGGAUCAUCUAACUGUAGCAGAGGCGGAACACUUUGAUGCAUUUUACCAAAAGAAAAUGCAGGAUGUAAAAUACAAUUUUUUUUGGGAUUAGAAAAUAUAAUUAUUGUGUUUUCUAUCAUGGCCUGGGGCAAAGUAGCCAACCAAUUGUUAAAGUGCUGUUACUAAUGGCCAUGAUUCAUCAUGAUUUAGAACCACAAUCAGAGUCUGAAAUUUAUAUUUCUAAUGUUAUUUUGUCUCGUUAACUUAGUAUGAGCAGGUGUAACGUAACAUGUGUAACAAAGCAGCUUAAUAACGAUAAGGGAUAAAUUCAGUUUUUUCUCUCUAAGAAAUGUGUUAAUUUGCUGAGACUAGCUCAGAGAAGAUUUGAAUGACUUGCCUUCAUGAAUACAGACUGGGAUUUCAUUCAAAUCCCUUCAAAUUCGUGAAAUAAAUUAUAUCUCACCUAUA